AUGCCACUCAACAAAUAUCAAAAAAUACUUAAAAAUUUACAUUUCAAUAAUAACGACGAGUAUAAUGAAGACGAUCAAUUUUAUAAGGUAAAACCUAUCAUUGACAUUAUUCGUAGAAAUUGUUUGAACCAAGAACAAGGCAAGCGUUUCUCAAUAGAUGAAAUGAUGGUACCUUAUAAAGGGAAAAAAGCUGGUUCUCGACGUCAAUACGUUAAAUCAAAACCGAAGAAAUGGGGCUUUAAAUUGUUUGUUCGCUCUGGUAUUAAUGGUAUAGUUUACGAUUUUUUUCCUUACUGUGGAGAAAAUACAUUUAAUGAUUACCAUUUUAGUGAAUAUGAAAACAAGUUUUUUGGACUUGGACCAAAAGUUAUCCUUACACUAGUUUCAACAAUACCAGACAAAAUAUUAAGUGUUGUUUGUUUUGACAAUUUUUUUACCUCUCCUGAAUUGGUCUAUUAUUUGAGAGAAAAAUAUGGCACAUUGAGUCUAGGAACUGUUCAACAAAAUUGA